AAUGGAUUUUCGCCGCUAGUCGCAGCAGCCCCCCGAGGCACCACGUGGUCUCCGCGUUCCGCGUUUUAUGUAGCAGUGACAAUACAAGUGACGUAAGUAUUUAUUCUUAUUUGUACGCAAGUUAUUUCAAAUAACAAUGCCGUGGAUUUAGUAUAUACUGCUGAUAAUGAGUUACUAGUUCAGUUAAUUUGAGUUAACAAGUUAAUACCCAUUUCUAAUGAAAGAUUUGAUAGUUAGAGGUUAUGUCGCAUCUGUCGUAGUAUAGGUAUUUCCAGAGCUUGACCAGACUCUGUCUUUAUUAUUUGAAGGCGCCAAUGUUCUCGCGUAUUAUUCAGUCGAAUUCAGUGUAGAGUGACAUUAUUUUCUUUUUCUUUUAUAGUUGAGCGAUGGUCCGUCAAUAUAAAUUUCAAAGCAGCUGGCUGCUGAGGAAUGAUCCUUUAGGAUAUAAGGUAUCCACGUGGUGCAAACAAAUUGAUACAGGCAAUGAAUUGUAUUGUCAAAUCUGCAAUACCUCAUUUUCGUACGUAACGAAGGGUUUUCAUUCUAUCAUUCAACAUUCUUCCUCCACAAAACACAAGCUGGAAGCUCGUACUAAACUGGAUCAAAAGCAACUAAAAUUGGAUGGAUCUGUUCCUGCUGAGGACGGCCGUGCCAAGGAACCGCAACGAAUGGUGUUGUGCAACCAACUUGACGCUGAUAUGAAAGCUGAAAUCAUUUGGGCAAUCAAAAAUGUCCAUAGUAAUAUGUCAGCAGCAUCAUGUGAUGAUUUGAAAGAAGUUUUCCAAGCCAUGUUUCCAGGAGCUAUUUCUGAGAAGUUCAGUCUCGGCCGUACAAAGCUAGGAUACUUAAUCACUGAGGCCUUAGGACCAUAUUUCAAGAAAAUUCUUACCGACGAUGUUCAGCAGUCUACAAGUUACUGUCUCUCAUAUGACGAAACAACUAAUGUAGAACAUAAAAAAGAGUUGCAGGUUAGAGUCCGAUAUUUUUCUGAAACUAACAAAGAAGUUGUUGCCCAUCAUGUACAAACAUUUUUCAUGGGUCAUGCAACUGCCGAAGAAUUAGCUAAAUGCAUCAAUAAAGCUAUUGUGGAAGCUGACUUUCUACAGGAUAAGUUAAUCAUGCUGGGCGCUGAUGGUCCGAAUGUUAAUAAAAAAGUAUGGUCAAUCUUAAAUACAGAAGUAAAUCAACUGCGUGGCAAGGGACUACUUGAUAUCGGAUCGUGUAAUAUUCAUAUUAUUCACAAUGCAUUUCUAAAAGGCCUCAGUGAACUUGGCAACGAAGUCAGUGACCUCAUAUUGCAAAUUUACUAUUUUUUCCAUGGGUGGCCAUCUCGCUGUGAAGACUUUGAGAAGUGUCAGAUUGAAGAAAAUCUUCCAACUAACCACUUCAUCAAACACGUAGCGACUCGAUGGCUGACACUAGAACCUAGUGCACAACGCGUUUUGGAACAGUGGAAAGGACUUACCAGGUAUUUUCUACGGUUUAUCCCGAAUAAGAAAGAUUGCAAGCAACUCAUGGCAUCACAAAAGUACCUUACGAUAUGUAAAUACAUACGGCAGAAAGAUAUGAAAGCUCAAUUCUAUUUUGUCAUUGAUAGUGCUGCUAUUUUCACUAAAUUUUCGUUACAAUUCCAAAAAGAGGAACCUUUAAUACAUAUUUUGUUUGACGAACUUCAAAAUGUAAUACUUACACUCGCUGGUCGAGUUUGUAAAGUUGAGAGCCUAAAGAAUUAUAAGAAAAAUGAUAUGAAAGGACAUAUAUUAUUCGCGGACACCAAUUUAUGUCCAAUAAAUUCUAUCGUGAUUGAUAAAACAGUGCAAGAAUGUCUCAAUGACAAUGCAUUGAGUGAUAAGGAGAGACAACACUUCUUGCUGCAAGCUCGAAACCACUACAAAGAAGCAGCAUUGCACAUCUUGAAGAAAUCCUCACUUCAAGCAUAUCCACAUUCAAAUCUCAUCUACUCGUGCCGAUGUCUACAACCACAGAGAAUAAAGCGAACCAUAAGCUGCUCACACAUUGUAAAAAUAGCGGAAGCAAUGCCAUUGCUGGAGGCUAUUUCAUCAAGUACACUCUUAGAUGAAUGGAAACUCCUACAAUUAGAAGAUCUACCAGAACUUGAACAAGAUCGUAUCGAUCAUUACUGGCAGAAAAAUGUCUUCAGUGUGAAAGAUUCAAGUAACAUCCAAAAGUAUCCAAUAAUCACCAGAGUUGUUAAAGCAUGCUUGGCUUUAGCUCAUGGUAGUGCGGACGUAGAACGAGGUUUCUCUAGAUCUAAAAGGAUUUUAUCAAUAGAUAAAGCUGCAAUGUCUGAAAGGACAUUGAAUGCUCGAUUGACGAUUUGUGAUGGAACUAAAAAGUUCAAAAAUAAACCCCAUCUAGUUCCUAUAACAAGAGACUUAACACUUCGUCUGUAA